GUCUGAAUGUGUGCAGGGAGAAGGGGGCUUUUAAUGCAAAACACAUGUGUUUUCAAUUGCUUGCUGGAGCCAGCCCAGUAGCUGUAACUUGGCCUGACAAAGCCUUAUUGAAGUACAGACAGUGUGGUUUCAAAGCAGUUAGAAAAAGAACGGGAAUGCUGUUCAGGAAAUUCUUCAGGCAUGGGCAGGGACUUGGCUGCAGUUCUGCUGUUGGAAAAUCUGACAGGGGCAGCUCAUGAGCACAGGCCAGGCCUCGUGCUGCUCUGAAGGCUGAGCUGCAUCGUCCCCAGGCUCCUGCACCCUCCGGGCGUUCAUCCAUCCCAAGGGAGAGAUGCCUCAGGAACAGUACCCGCACCGGAGCACCAUGCAGACCUCGGAAGGACCCCAGGUAUACAAAGUGGGGAUUUAUGGCUGGAGGAAGAGGUGCCUCUAUUUCUUUGUGCUGCUCCUAAUGAUUUUAAUCCUGGUGAACCUUGCUAUGACCAUCUGGAUUCUGAAGGUUAUGAACUUCACAAUUGAUGGAAUGGGGAACCUGAGGAUCACAGAAAAGGGUCUGAAGCUUGAAGGAGAUUCAGAAUUCUUGAAACCUCUCUACGCCAAAGAAAUCCGAUCAAGACCAGGCAACCCCCUGUACUUCCAGUCCGCCAGGAACGUGACCGUGAACAUCCUCAACGAGAACACAAAGGUCCUCACUCGCCUUGUAACAGGUCCCCAAGCAGUGGAAGCACACAGCCAAAAAUUUGAGGUGAAAACCCUCUCUGGAAAAUUGCUGUUUUCUGCAGAUGACAACGAAGUGGUGGUUGGAGCAGAGAGAUUGAGAGUUCUAGGAGCAGAAGGCACAGUGUUCCCUAAAUCUAUAGAAACUCCCAAUGUCAGGGCAGACCCCUUCAAGGAACUAAGGCUGGAGUCGCCCACGCGCGCGCUGGUGAUGGAGGCUCCCAAGGGCAUCGAGAUCAACGCCGAGGCCGGCAGCCUGAAGGCCACGUGCAGGACAGAGCUCAGGCUGGAAUCCAAAGAUGGAGAGAUAACGUUGAAUUCUGCAAAAAUCAAACUACCUAACUUGCCUCAAGGAUCUUCCUCUUCUGCAGGGUCCAGGCAAAAAAUCUACGAGCUCUGUGUGUGUCCCAAUGGGCGGCUGUUCCUGUCACAGGCAGGCAGCAGCUCCACCUGCCAGAUAAACACGAGCGUCUGCCUUUGAGGGACACUGUGCACAGGGGCAUCACAGGCAGCACAAAAGCCAGUUCUGGUCUCACAGAUGAUCCAGCUGCCAACUAUUUUUACUAGAACACAGAAAGCCUAUCAAAGACUUUUUUUGUGUGUGCGCGCGCGUGUGUGUGAAUAUAUAUAUAUAAAAAAAUAUAUAUAAGAUAUAUAUAUAUAUAUCCUCUGUGUAAAAUGAUGUUUCAGUACAAGGAAUCCCAGGGUGACCCUGUUACAUUUGUGUAGCAUUUCUCUUUCCCACACCAAAAUUUACUGGUACAAUCUUCUGAAUUGGAUCUGAUGCUCCCCUGGACCCUUCUGUAUUAAGACAGUGCAAUGAUCACCCCUCGUUUUUGAUCAUGUUCUCAGAGCAAUGGGAUUGCUGGCUGGGCAAGACCCUGGAACCAUUGCAGAGCCACCACCAUCCAAAGGGAAGAGAAGCAUCUCUGAUUAUUUUUGUGCCGUUAAAUCGGUGGCAUGAAAAAGGAAUAGUUUUAAAACCAACAAAACAGCCAGAUGUGAUGUUUUCAUCUACAGUGAUCCAAGAUACCUGAGGUUAAAUUACUCUUUAAUUAUCACCUGAAACAUUGGGAGAGAGGGAUGCUCUUGGCCAGCAGGAACGUCCAGACCUUCUUGCUGAAAUAAUAAAUAUGAUUUUCUGAAGGAGUUCAACACUGGCCAAGGAUGCCUUGUGCUAUUCAAGUGUGACACAUCAGGUCCAACAUUAACCUAAAAUCAUCUCUGUGCUGGCAAAACUGGUGUUGUACUUAGUUAUUGGAAGGAACAAAAUUGUGAAAGUUGGAAUAAGUAGAAAAAAAUUGAACCUCUUUUGCUAACAGGUGUCCUGGAUCACCCUACAAACUCCCCAUUGACACCUUCAAUUUUGAGCACAUUUGCUGUGAAGGUGUGAAGAUUUAAGAUUUGGACAUUGCCUAAAUACCUGUAGAAACAGAGAAAAUUAACUAGAAACUGAGAAAAUCAUAAAAUUAAGUGAAUAAUUUAGAUGCUACACCAGAAUUUUUGUCAUCUUUCUUUUCGAGAUCUACAGUCCAAGAUCACUUAGAUUUGGUGGAAACUGCAAUUAUCAGAGAUGCUGACCAUGAAAUACUUUUUUUAAGGAUUUAUAAAGAUUGUGACAAAGCCACAUUAUUGAAAGGAAGGGCUUUGGAUACUGGUUCCUCUAGAAUUUGAGUCCCCAAAACUCUGUGGUUGAAUCUUAUCAUGGUUGCUUUUUUUUUUUUUAUUUUAAAGUCUAGGCGUCACGGGCAGGAUAAAACACAAAAAUCUGAUCUGGUAACAGUACUUCCACUUUUAAAGGUUUGGAAAAUAAUGAUAAGAGCCCAGAUCAUUGAAAUCUGACCCAUAAUUUCAUCCACAUGUAUGUAAAAAAUCCUUUAAAAAAACCAAAUAUACCAAUUAAGGCAAAAGUUUCCAAGUGACAACAAAUCUCACAAGGACAGCAAGGUUUCUGAGCCACUGAGAUGCUUUUGAGAUAUUACCUCAUGUGCAAAUAAGACAGAUCUGUGCCCAUCCCUAGUGAUAUCUAACCAAAGCUAGUAUUCUUCAAGUGAUUUUCAAGAUAAAACAUAGCUGACAGAAAUCUUUAGAAAUAAUUUAGCCAAUUCCCUUUUCUUACAGCUUUUCAUGUAUUUUCUUGUGGUCUCGAGAGUACCAGGGUUUGAUUUUUUUAAUAAUUUUUUAUUUUUUAAUUAACAAUUCUGGCUUAAUCCAAAACUGAUUGGACUCAGAGAAGAUUUCUAUGGAGUUUAGAUGAGAUGUGUUGCUGCCCAACAAAGCAGCACUCCCAAAAACAUUUAUUCCUGAAAGAGGAUUGAAUUCUUUCCUUUGAUUUCAAUAAUGCUUUCUGAUAAAUUAACGUAUUCAAACUAUUUGUUAAUGAAUGAUUCCUGUAAUUAUUAUGUCUUGAGUCAACAUUAGAAUGCAAAGGGUCACCCAGGGUAACAAUUGUAUUGGGACACAGGAUGUACCAUCUCUGUUCAAAGAGGGGAAUUGUGCCUAUGCCUUAAGUCAAUGCACUCAGCAAGGAGAAGCACAUCAUAUUUAUCUUGUUAUUAAAUCUAGUUUAUUUGGGGGGAGGGACAGGAGGGUGUCUUGGGAACUGGUUGUGCAACUUAAAACAGAUACUGAUGAAAUACAUUAAGACUGUAGGGACACCUAGAAUGAUACAGACUUUUUUUUUUCUUACCAUGUUAAAUAUAGCAAAAUACUGUGUAUGUUACCUCUGGGGCCAUGGCUGAAAUCCCAUUCAUAGUCUUGCAUUUACUGUAGAUUUUUUUUUCCUUGUUUCAUUGAAUACUGAUCACAAACCUCAUAGCAAGCAUGGCCCAAUCCAUAACCAAAUCCUGUGUGAGCAGUUUGAAGACGUGUGCUGCAGGAAGAGUUCCUGUCAAUGAAUCAGAUUAACUCCCAGCCCUGGGAGUGCUCAGGGGGGUGAGGAAGGCAGGGCUGAGCCCACCAGGGAUGCUGCAUCCUGAUUUCUGUGCUCUGCUCCAGACACAGCAGUGGCUCAGUCCUCGUCCCUGUGCCACCCUCUGGCUGCUCCCAAUUUCCAUCCCAACAAAUUAAUUUUGAGUAGCUGCUUUUCCCAGCUGGGCUCUUGGAUGAGGUUAUCACCUUCUCAUGUCACAGCAGCCAUGAAACUGCUAAGGACAUUCAUAUCUUGGUGUGAAUUUCUGCUAGGGAGCUGUUAGGAAAUGACCUUAACAUCUGUGCCAUCACUGCAGACGCUUCUCUGAGGUGAACAAAAGGUAUCUUAAUUAUAUCUACUGAAAAAAAUUUUUGUUUCAAUAUAUUUU